AUGGCUACAAGACGGUGUCCAGAUUGGGAGACGUUUGUUUUAGUCUCACCAAAUCGCAAUCAGCUCGUGACGACCUAUCCACCAGCAAUCGAGCGCAUCUACAAGGACACGAAGACAUUCAUUCGACCCGACCCGUUCACCCAGAUAUUCGCCUUCUACGGCCAAAAUCUGACAAGCCAAAAUGGUCAAGGUUGGCAGCGCCAUCGUAAAAUCACGGCGCCGGCGUUCAACGAGCAGAACAUGCGUUAUGUUUGGGACGAAUCUACACAACGAGCACGUGAGAUGUUCAACCUGGGGACGGAAGACGCGCGAUCCAUUGCACAGCUUCGUUCUGACUUCGAACUCCUUGCCAUGCAUGUGCUCACUGCGGUCGGGUUUGGACAAGACAGCGCCUCCCUUACAUCGACACCUCCUGGACACCGCCUAACCCUGAUGCAGGCACUUAGCUUCAUUCUCAGGCACAUCUUCACUACUAUCAUCUUUGGAAACAUCAAGAUCCCGGAUGCACUCCUCCCUUCUGUCCUACGACAGCUUAAAGUCGCCGUUGCUGAAUUCAGAUUGUACAUGCAGGAAGCUGUGCUUCAGCAGAUGAAUCAGAAGGGUUCCAAGGAUAGGACCAGUCUCCUCGGAGCCAUGGUGAGUGCAAACGAAGCCGAGAAGCAAGUGCAGUCCGAGGUGUCCUCCUCACGAGCAUCGUAUUUGACCGACGACGAAUUGUAUGGCAACAUCUUCCUGUUCAAACUUGCUGGCUUCGAAACCACUGCGGGUAGCAUGACUUUCGUGCCAUACCUCGCAGCGUACCCCGAAAUACAGGACUGGGUUAGAGAAGAAGUGGACGCAGUCUUACCCGCAAAGGGCACCGUCGACUAUGCCCAAACAUAUCCCAAGCUUGUGCGAUGUCUAGCAGUACUGUACGAGACAUUGCGGACAGCUGGCCCCGUUGCUCAGCUGGUCAGGGCACCCAGCACGACGACAAUGCUGCCAGUGCCCUCAGACCAACCAGGCGGCCACGCCAAGACCAUCGCGAUCGAGCCAAACUUGCUGGUGUCCGCCCAUUUCCAUGCGUUGCACCUUUCACCCCGUUGGGGCCCGGACAGUCUGGAGUUCAAGCCUCAACGCUUCGUCGCAGUGGCAGAAGAUGGUUCCGAAACCCUGACUGUUCCGCAAGGUGAUAGCGCGAUGUAUGCGGCAUGGUCAUUUAGUCCGAUCAUCUGUCCAGGAAAGAAGUUCAGUCAGGUCGAGUUCGUCGCUGUGGUUGCAUAUAUCCUGUCGAGAUACCGGAUCGAGCCGCACCAGGAGGCCGGAGAGACUACUGAAGGCGCAAGAGCAAGACUCAUGGGCGUGCUGGAUGACAAGUAUUUCAAUAUUAGCACGCACCUGAAAAGACCGGAAGCCGCCAAAGUCAGGUUCGUCAAGCGAUGA